AUGCCUGAAAAGGAUGAAGAAGUCCAGGCAAGGGUCGAAGCCAUGUUCAGAUGCAGCCCCUGUCUAUGGCAGAUUAAGGUAGCUCGAAGUGUUCUUGCUGGCAAAGACGUUAUAACUGUAGCUCCAACUGGUGCUGGAAAGUCUUUAACAUAUUGGAUCCCACUGGCUUUCACAGACAAGGGCAUAGUGAUGGUCGUACUUCCUUUAAAACAGCUCGGAAUACAAUUCUCAUCUUCACUCAACUCGAAAGGGCUGUCUGCUAUCUCAGUGACUGCUGAAAACACAAGCAAGGACUUAUAUUCUGACAUGAAGAAUGGAAAGUACCGUGUCAUAAUGUUCAGUCCAGAAAUCAUCGAGCAAGACUCUCAUUUCGAUGCGUUGAUCAAGAACAAGAAGUUCAUCAACCACUUGAUCAACGUCGUCUUUGACGAGGCCCAUUGUAUCAAAGAGUGGGGUAGUACUUUCCAUAACUCCUACCAGAAACUCGGUCAUCUUCGCCAUCUCAUGUCAUGGCGAGUUCCUUACCACCUGGUCUUGUGGUUGAACACAGACCGUCCGAAUAUCUUCUUUUGCAUGCGACGGAUGGAAUAUCCCAUCAACUCAUAUCAUGACCUUGCAUUUCUCAUUCCCAAGGACCUUGAUCCGGAUGGUCCUUUGCCUGUUAAAUUCUUAGUAUUCUUUAACUCACACAAAGAGGCUGAAGAGGGCGCCAAAUUUCUUUGGAGCCGACUCCCUCCAAAGCUUAGAGAAAAACUCAAGUGGGUACAUUCUGGAAUGACCAAUGAAUUUUGCGAGGAUGCCAUUCACGCUCUCAAGAACGGGGAAGACAUUGGUGAAUGUGCUACUGAUGCUGUAGGGUUGGGAAUUGACAUACCAGACGUAUAUAUCAUCGUUCAAUAUCGAGUCCCUGCCAGUAUGAGCACCUGGAUGCAGCAUGCAGGCUGUGCCAUUCGUAAUCUCUCACUCGACGCCCAAACCAACCAGCGAGAUGUCAGACCUUCGACAUUGGUUGCUAAUAAGGAAAAUACAGUGCCGCCUGAUCUCGAGCAACUCACAGCCAUUCACAAUCAGGAAUCUGGCUCUCACAAAUGCACCUCUUCCCAUGUAUCAGACGGACAUCCCAGUAUCAAACGUGCAAGGAUAAAUGCCGCCAGCUCAGUCACAAAAUGGGUGGGGAAAGGAUCAGCCCAGAGUACGCGAAAGAAGUCGAUGCUGAGAAAAUGGCCAGCUGUGAGUGAUGAGGCUGUAGCCUUUGAUGUUCAUGGUAUUCCUAUCAAGGUGGACCACACGAUGGAUGAUUUUAUCAACGCGGUGAACCGACCAGAGAAAUGUCGAAGAAGGAUUGCUUCUAUCCAUUUUGGGAAUGUGGGGAUCGGUGAGCUGGAACCAUGGGAAGACUUUUUGAUCUCUCUCACACUCCAUCAGUGCCCUUUGCCCCAAAUUACUGCUGCCCUCGUUGCGCGCCGAGAACUGCUCGGCAUUGCUGCGACCUCUGUGAGCCAGAAUACUGGCCAGUCAUCGUCACGGAUCCCUAUGAGAAUCUCCUUUCAUAUCAACACCCUUACAUCGACCACUUGGAAUCAGUAG